AUGGCCACCGGCACGUCUGGCGACAGAAAAACCAAAAAGAUGGCCGCCGCGUGUGUUCCGCGCAUGCGCGGCGGAAAUGUCACGGAAAUAUACCCAGCCUUAGGGGGCCGAAAAAACGGCCGAGGUGGGUGAGGGGGACGCGGGGAGAACCCGGUCAGCACGGGGAUGGGAGCCAAAGCAACCCCAAGCUAUGGGAAAAGGGAGAAGGCCCUAAGAACCCCCCAGUAAUGAAAAAUAGAAGUACAGAGAAAUCUUAUAGUGUAUAAGGAAUAUAAGCAAGCCCUGAAUAGCUAAACAGGGGAUAGUCCAAGUACAUACAAGUGACACAUAUGUAUAGCAAGUAAGGUAGUAAAAAGGUACUUAGCUGGUUUGAGGGAGCAGCGAAGAAAGAGGAAGAGAGUGCUACACCUUAUAUACUGAAAGGGGGUGGUUCCCUCAUGUAGCACUGUUGAAUAUGUAUAUAUGUUAAUGAUAUGCUAUUUUUUCUCUUUUAUACUCAUUUCUCUCUUCGCUGCUGAGGGAAAAUUAAAGAAAGAGAAGCAUAAUAGGAGCCUCCGUGUCUUUAAUAAAAUCCUGGUUAUUUAUAAUUAAUAGAUUAAUAAUCCUGGUUAUAUAUAAUAAAUAGAUUAAUGAUCCUGGUUAUUUUUAAUAUGAUAACCAUCAACAUUACUCAUUAUUAUUUUUAAUCUAUGAUAUUUAUUAUUGAUUCACUUAACCUUAUUAUAUUUAUUUAAUUUAAUGUAUAAUCUAUAUUCAUUAUUUUUUAUUAUUUAUAUUUUUUUAAUUUAAUUUAAUGUAUAAUCUAUAUUCAUUAUUUUUUAUAAUUUAUAUUUAUUUUUUAUUUAUUAUAUAUUAUUUAUUUAUUAUUUUUUAUUAUUUAUUUAUCUUGAGUUUUAAUUAUGAAUUCUUUUUUUCUAUUCACAACUUUACUUCUUUCCAAUUUAUAAACACAAUAAUAUAAACUAAUUAUUAAUUAAUGUCUAAAUAUAAGUAUACUAAUAACACAGUUAGCACACAUAUUUAUUACAAUUGAUUAUUAUUAUUAUUAAUAAUUCAUUUAGAUUGGAAAUCCAUUGAAUAUAUUUGCACUAAUUCAAAUAAACACAACUGCACAUUUGCACAUAUUUGUUUUAUUGUAUUUCUUAAAUGUAUCUAUUUAUUUAAAAUAUACAUAUGUAUGCACUUUGAGGAUAUCGAAUAAGGACUUGUUGGAGAGUUAUGUUUACAGAAUGGAGACACACUGGAAGGUAUAUAUAUACUGAGGAGGACUGCGAACCCUGUAACCCAUGAAAAAAGGAAGUGACGCGACGACAUUUGUGGCCGAGUCACAUUGAAUUCCAGACCGGAAAAAGCAUUAUGGACCUGGUAGUACAAGGCAACCGGAAGUGACGCGACGGAACUCCGAUCGCGCCAUAUACUUGCACCAGAUUGGACAAUAAAGAAACUGGCGGGAAAUUCAAGCCUUUUAAGGAUGGAAAAACAGAGAACUGUUUGAAGCUGACUGAGGAAUCCGUUUUUUAUCGGCGAAACGCGUUUUGGCUCUUAAAGUGGACCCAUAUAUAUUUUUUAGGUCACAUAUUCUUAUAUUGUAUUUUUUUUUACUGUUUUUUAUUUUCUAGAUAUACUAGUGUAUUUUUAUAAAUAUUAUUUUAUAAUAAAUUGUUCCCAUUUUUUACUUAUCUGCUGUAUCCUGUAUAAGUGAUUCAAAGGGAGAGGCAGUGUCACCCCACAAUCUGACACUAGGCAAAAAUACUUAGAGCCGGUUACCAAAGGCUCUAAACCAGGUGAGCAUUUCUACUUUUACUUAUAUGGACAUCAUUUCCAUUUUGAGAUGCUACACUUACUAUAAAACAUCUGUGUCUUUUAUAUAUUCGGUGGAGAAUAUCUUCCUCAGGAGAGAGGGGUCGUGUGAUCUACCCAAAAAGACACAGACGCGCAGAAGUUUAGAGCCUAACACUAGAAAAGGCUCUAACAAAUGUGAGUGUAUAUAUAUAUUCACUAAUUCACCGAUCGCCCCAUUUUAAGACAUAUUACACUAUCAUCUGUAUAUGUUCCUUCUGUUCUUCUUUUUUAUAUAUAUCAAUUGUACCAAGAGAAACGAAAAAGGGUAAGAGUUCCAAAUAUUCAGUGAACGCACUUACCUCGCACUAAUAUAGCGCUGCACUCAUCUAAGGAACUUUAGAUUUGGAUGGUGGCAACAUCAUCCAAACCAAAAGUUUUUUUGUGUUUUGGUGAUUAUAUUUAAUAAAUAGAUUAAUAAUCCUUGUUAUAUAUAAUAAAUAGAUUAAUGAUCCCAGCUCUGGUAAAGUCUCCUAGUUAAAUAUAAUACAUAGAUUAAUUAUACCAGCUCUGGUAAUGUCUCCUUAUUAUAUAUAUUAAAUAGAUUAAUAAAAAAUAAAAAAAUGUAUGCGAGACGAGUGGCGUCGCCACUAAUAGAGAGGGGGGGAGGAUAGCACCAGAGGCAUCAAUAGCUCCAAUAUGUGUAUAGUUAUGAAGUACAGGACCAUUUAUGUAUAUAGUUAGGACAACGCACACAGGGCAUCACACCAACAUAGACGGAGAGAUGCACCCAGCAACGCACUAAAGUCAGGGAGGCGACGCCAGAAACACGGGGGCGCACGGUUAGGAUCAAACAGGGGGAAUCACCCUCCUUGAGCAAUAGUGAUGUACCCUAAUAUAUUGUUAUUACAACAGAAGCACUGCAACAAUGCAUAUUGUAACCCCUCGAACAGGGGAAUGUGACCAAGAGAAAAUGUAUUGUGAUACUUGUGAACUUGUCCCCCACCCCUUUAUCCUUUUCUCUUCUGUACCCUAACAAAAAACUGUUUAAUAAAAAGACGAUUGAAAAAAAAAAUAGAUUAAUAAUCUGGUAAUGUCUCCUUGUUAUAUAUAAUAAAUAGAUUAAUGAUCCCAGCUCUGGUAAAGUCUCCUUGUUAUAUAUAAUAAAUAGAUUAAUAAUCCCAGCUCUGGUAAUGUCUCCUUAUUAUAUAUAUUAAAUAGAUUAAUUAUACCAGCUCUGGUAAUGUCUCCUUGUUAUAUAUAAUAAAUAGAUUAAUGAUCCCAGCUCUGGCAAAGUCUCGUUGUUAUAUAUAAUAAAUAGAUUAAUAAUCCCAGCUCUAGUAAAGUCUCCUAGUUAAAUAUAAUAAAUAGAUUAAUUAUACCAGCUCUGGUAAUGUCUCCUUAUUAUAUAUAUUAAAUAGAUUAAUUAUACCAGCUCUGGUAAUGUCUCCUUGUUAUAUAUAAUAAAUAGAUUAAUAAUCCCAGCUCUGGUAAAGUCUCCUUGUUAUAUAUAAUAAAUAGAUUAAUAAUCCCAGCUCUAGUAAAGUCUCCUAGUUAAAUAUAAUAAAUAGAUUAAUUAUACCAGCUCUGGUAAUGUCUCCUUGUUAUAUAUAAUAAAUAGAUUAAUGAUCCCAGCUCUGGUAAAGUCUCCUUGUUAUAUAUAAUAAAUAGAUUAAUAAUCCCAUCUCUGGUAAUGUCUCCUUAUUAUAUAUAUUAAAUAGAUUAAUUAUACCAGCUCUGGUAAUGUCUCCUUGUUAUAUAUAAUAAAUAGAUUAAUGAUCCCAGCUCUGGCAAAGUCUCCUUGUUAUGUUAUAUAUAAUAAAUAGAUUAAUAAUCCCAGCUCUAGUAAAGUCUCCUAGUUAAAUAUAAUAAAUAGAUUAAUUAUACCAGCUCUGGUAAUGUCUCCUUAUUAUAUAUAUUAAAUAGAUUAAUUAUACCAGCUCUGGUAAUGUCUCCUUGUUAUAUAUAAUAAAUAGAUUAAUAAUCCCAGCUCUGGUAAAGUCUCCUUGUUAUAUAUAAUAAAUAGAUUAAUAAUCCCAGCUCUAGUAAAGUCUCCUAGUUAAAUAUAAUAAAUAGAUUAAUUAUACCAGCUCUGGUAAUGUCUCCUUGUUAUAUAUAAUAAAUAGAUUAAUUAUACCAGCUCUGGUAAUGUCUCCUUGUUAUAUAUAAUAAAUAGAUUAAUAAUCCCAGCUCUGUUAAAGUAUCAUGGUUAUAUAUAAUAAAUAGAUUAAUAAUCCCAGUUCUGGUAAUGUCUCCUUGUUAUAAAUAAUAAAUAGAUUAAUGAUCCCAGCUCUGGUAAAGUCUCCUUGUUAUAUAUAAUAAAUAGAUUAAUAAUCCCAGCUCUGGUAAAGUCUCCUGGUUAUAUAUAAAAAUAAAUUAAUGAUCCCAGCUCUGGUAAUGUCUUCUUGUUAUAUAUAAUAAAUAGAUUAAUAAUCCCAGCUCUGGUAAAGUCUCCUUGUUAUAUAUAAUAAAUAGAUUAAUGAUCCCAGCUCUGGUAAAGUCUCCUUGUUAUAUAUAAUAAAUAGAUUAAUGAUCCCAGCUCUGGUAAAGUCUCCUUGUUAUAUAUAAUAAAUAGAUUAAUGAUCGCAGCUCUGGUAAAGCCUCCUUGUUAUAUAUAAUAAAUAGAUUAUUAAUCCCAGGUCUGGUAAAGUCUCAUUGCUUUAUAUAAUAAUUAUAUUAAUAAUCCUGGUUAUAUAUAACAAAUAGACUAAUGAUCCCGGUUAUAUAUAAUAAUUAGAUCAAUGAUCCCGGUUAUAUAUAAUAAAUAGAUUAAUAAUCCCGGUUAUAUAUAAUAAUAGAUUAAUAAUCCCGGUUAUUUAUAAUAAUUAGAUUAAUAAUCCUGGUUAUAUAUAAUAAUUAGAUUAAUGAUCCUGGUUAUUUAUAAUAAUUAGAUCAAUGAUCCCGGUUAUAUAUAAUAAAUAGAUUAAUAAUCCCGGUUAUAUAUAAUAAUAGAUUAAUAAUCCCGGUUAUUUAUAAUAAUUAGAUUAAUAAUCCUGGUUAUAUAUAAUAAUUAGAUUAAUGAUCCUGGUUAUUUAUAAUAAUUAGAUCAAUGAUCCCGGUUAUAUAUAAUAAAUAGAUUAAUAAUCCCGGUUAUAUAUAAUAAUAGAUUAAUAAUCCCGGUUAUUUAUAAUAAUUAGAUUAAUAAUCCCGGUUAUUAUAAUUAAUAGAUUAAUAAUCCCGGUUAUUUAUAAUAAUUAGAUAAAUAAUUUGGUUUAUUUAUGAUAUAGAUUAUAAUUUUGCUUAUUUAUGAUAAUUGGAUUAAUAAUUCUGUUUAUUUAUGAUAAUUAGAUUAAUAAUUCUGUUUAUUUAUGAUAAUUGAUUAUUACUUACCUCAGCUCUGGGGAAGCUGCGGCCCCUAGGGUACAUUAGGUUGGCCCCGCCCCUCCUCGGUGACGCAUUUGCCCCUGCGCGCUGAGCUUGAAGUGACGUGGAGUCCGCGUCGCUGGCUCUGGAGGGAUCCAUCGCGCGCUCUGUGGCGGUGGAAGAAGACGGGCGGGCCGUACCUGGCAGGAGGCCCAUCCUCCGGCCUCCCCGCCGGGACCCCGGAGCUGCCACCCGGGAGGCCGGAUCCGGCUCGGAAGGUGAGACCGGGGAGGCGGUCAGUACCCGGGAGGGGGAGGCGGUCAGUACCCGGGGAGGGGAGGCGGGCAGUACCCGGGAGGCGGGCAGUACCCGGGGAGGGGGGGAGGCGGCCGGGGCACCCGGGAGGGGAGGCGGUCAGGCACCCGGGGAGGGGGGGAGGCGGUCAGCACCCGGGGAGGUGGGGGGGAGGCGGGCAGUACCCGGGAGGUGGGGGAGCGGGCGCACCUGGGAGGCGGUCAGUACCCGUAGAGGGAUGGGGGAUCUGGGAUGAUAAGAUGUCUGAGCCGGGCGGGGCUGAGGUGGCUGGCACCCGGGGGCGGUCAGUAUCUGGGGGCGGUCAGUAAUCCGUAGAGGGAUGGAGGAUCUGGGAUGAUAAGAUGUCUGAGCUGGGCGGAGGGGGGAGGCGGCUGCAUCCGGGUAGAGGGAUGGAGGAUCUGGGAUGAUAAGAUGUCUGGAGCCGGGCGGAGGGGAGGCGGUCAGUAUCCGGGUAGAGGGAUGGAGGAUCUGGGAUGAUAAGAUGUCUGGAGCCGGGGGGGGGGGGAGGCGGUCAGUAUCCGGGUAGAGGGAUGGAGGAUCUGGGAUGAUAAGAUGUCUGGAGCCGGGCGGAGGGGGAGGCGGUCAGUAUCCGGGUAGAGGGAUGGAGGAUCUGGGAUGAUAAGAUGUCUGGAGCCGGGGGGGGGGAGAGGCGGUCAGUAUCCGGGUAGAGGGAUGGAGGAUCUGGGAUGAUAAGAUGUCUGGAGCCGGGCGGGGAGGGGAGGCGGUCAAGUAUCCGGUAGAGGGAUGGAGGAUCUGGGAUGAUAAGAUGUCUGGAGUCGGCGGGGAGAGGGCAGUCAUCCGGUAGAGGGAUGGGGAUCUGGGAUGAUAAGAUGUCUGAGCCGGGCGGGCUGAGGUGGUCAGUACCCGGGGCGUCAGUAUCUGGGGGUCAGUAUCCGGGUAGAGGGAUGGAGGAUCUGGGAUGAUAAGAUGUCUGGAGCCGGGCGGAGGGGGAGGCGGUCAGUAUCCGGGUAGAGGGAUGGAGGAUCUGGGAUGAUAAGAUGUCUGGAGCCGGGCGGGGGGAGAGGCGGUCAGUAUCCGGGUAGAGGGAUGGUGGAUCUGGGAUGAUAAGAUGUCUGGAGCCGGGCAGGGGGGGGAGGCGGUCAGUACCCGGGUAGAGGGAUGGAGGAUCUGGGAUGAUAAGAUGUCUUUCUGGGAGCCUGUCUCAAGGUCGGAUAUUCUCCCCAAGCCUCUCACUGCACCUCCCCAUAGCCGGCCAUUCGCCAUUCUUAGUCCCCGCGGGUUAGUGAAUAGCCCGGAUACAGCGCAAGGUGUCCAUUAACACAGCGUUACUGUCUUUAUAUAAAAACAUGUCAGUAAAUCCAGGGGCAGACAGGAGGAGAGCUCACUAAUUACCAGGAUUCCUAUCCAAAUAUCUCAUAUCUUUGUCUAAUGGGAGGUCACAUUAAUAGCACCCACUGUAAUGUGCUUUAAACACACACUACACGCUUAGAAACACAUCUAUUUUACAGAAUUCUAGAUUUUUCUAACUUUUUAGUGAUGUAAAGUCACGUAACAUCAGGAAGUAUUACUUUACUGAGAGGGUAGUGGAUGCAUGGAAUAGCCUUCUAGCUGAAGUGGUAGAGGUUAACACAAUGAGGGAGUUUAAACAUGCGUGGGAUAGGCAUUAGGCUGUACUAGAUAUAAGAUAAGGCCAGGGACUAAUGAAAGUAUUUAGAAAAUUGGGCAGACUAGAUGGGCCGAUUGGUUCUUAUCUGCCGUCACAUUCUAUGUUUCUCUUUUACUCUGGGUGGGGCACAGCACUCAGACCACUUAAUUUGCUGAAGUGGUCUGGGUGCCUGGAGUGUCCCUUUAAGACAGGAGGCACGUGUUUUACUUUAACUUCCUUUACUACUCAAAUAGCAGCAAAUGGGGAUUAAAAAAAUAAAAAUCUGACAGUGCAGAAAAACUUAUAAAGAUAUCACAUAGGAGGAACAUGCUUUCUAACCAGUAUAACCACUAUAACCAGUAUGUAAUGAAAAGGAUGUGGUGUAAUCACCUGAAUCAGCCAUUCGGAGAAAUCUAUUCUGAAUCCUUUUACUGUAUUAAGAAUCCCUAAAUUGAAUUUUGCGAGAAAAUGGGUGUCUGCCAACGAGACUUUUAUGAGGAGAAGGAAUCACUUACCAGAAAAAAGGUCCUGUUUUAGACUGUCCACUAGAAGAGUGGUUCCUAACCCAGUCCUCAAGUACUCUCUGCCAGUUCAGGAUUUAGGCAUUACCCAGUUGUCUAAGGUGGUGUUUCGUUUGUUUGUUUUUUUUAAACCAAAAAAAAAAAAACACAAGACAAAACAGGGUAAUCCCUAAUGUAGCAGAAUUAACUUUAUAGUACCCAUUUUCAUUCCAUUUGUUUGGCUGUUCUGUAGCCCCCGUUCAUUUACCGAAUUCCAAUCUGUGUGGUCCCUGGGUUCGCAUCAUUUAACAACCAACCAACCACCCCUGGCUGUUGACCUCAAAUCGCUUGUUAUAGAAAGUGUUUCCCUUGUGUGGCCUGUGUAUUACUGAACGCAUGUGUGCAGAUAAACGGUGGCCAUUUUGUCUCUCGAACAUGAGCAGCGGUACAUGGUCAUUGACGAACAGGAACUAAUUUUGGUUACUUUAGUUCGCGAAUACCCGGUAAACUGAUACCGCUACCCAUUCAACUUCCCGAAUCAGUAGGAGAACGCCGUUCGGGAGACAUAAACUUCCGAACAGGGGGAAACAUUCGUAUGCUAGCAGCCAGGGAGAGCCUUCAUCGGCAUUUGUGCGAGAACUCUCGAAAGAAGAUUGGUCAAAGCCUAAAUUUCUCGAACUGUUUUGGAGGCUUCACCUCAUGGCCAACCGGUCAAAACUUCACUCAAAUGGCGUUCCUAAACCACCGAACGGAUCUGAGUGAUAUUUUGGCAAAGUGGGUGCUCAGAUCCCACCUAUUCGGUGAAGUAACUUUUGUGGGGUUCUGAAAUACUAAAAUGUGUUUUAUGUUUAUAAAUAUUGUAUAUUUCCUGUACCUGAGAUUAUUUAAUUAAAGAGUUGUUCUUGCUCAAGUUUCUUCCAGACACAGAUGAGGAGUCUGUGAACAGUUUACUUGUGCCUUGUCUCCUCUCGGGUCCAUCAGUGGAAAACCCCUGGAAUAGGAAUUAAGAAACCCCUUUCAUGAGGAGUUGCAUAUAAGCCAGCUGUGGCUGAAUAAAAAUCAGUUGUCUCCCAGAACUGUGUGUUGUCCAGUUACUGAGGGGAUUUUGUCUUGUAUAUUGGAUUGCUUCCUCAGCUACAAGGAUUAAGCAGCGGAGAUAUUUGUUGAAUGUUGGAGCUCUACUACACCUAAAUUCUGGGAGGGAGUACUUGAGCACUGUGUUGGAAACCACUGCUCUAGAACCUCUGGAUCGCCAAAGUCUCACUAUUUGGGGAAAGAAGGGUUUAUGGGUGUAAACAUGGUUUCAUCUGCCUCUGUAAAAUGAAUAGGCGUCUAUAUGGAAGUGACCUCUUAUGGGUCUGCCAAAGAUUUUUGGAGGAAAAACCUCAAUUGAGGGAUAAUUGGGCAUGUAUACAUAGGAAAAAAUAACAAAUUAACUUGUUUUAUUUAUAAACUCCUGCCAAAUAAAAGGCCAUCUGCAGAAGUUCCAAGUUCUUCUGUGGCCAUUUGGAUUUAUUCAGGGUCUGAUUUUAUCAAGUGAGCUCAUCUUCUCUCUGAGGUGAUAGCUACUUUGGCGUUGCCUAAAAUCAAAACAUUUUGUAUCCACAUAUGGAUAUCAACCGCUUUACCACCUUGGAAAGCACUCUGCCAGGUCAAACAUUUUUGCUAAUUGACCAGUUAUAUCCAUUAAUCUGCCCUAAUAGCUCUACAAGGAGCAAUCUGUUCCCUGUAGUGGAUGAUGAUAGGGUAUGAUGAUGAUGGGGGGGGUAGAUGGAGGACAAAAUAAUACAAUAGUGUAAUACAGUUAAAACAAAUAUUAAUGCGCGCUAGGUUAGAAUGCACUCACAAGAUUCUGGAGUAUAGCAUCGCCUCAGUGUGCCUCCCCUUAGAUAGUUUAGGUGGUAUAUCCAAGGAUCCUUCUCUGAUGCUGUCACCACCACGUAAAGCAAGGUAAGACACAGGGAGUCGGUGAAAAAAAUGCUUGGCUUUAUUAUACAAAUAACAAAGCAAAAUAAAAUACAUGCGAGGUCCUACGCGUUUCGGCUUUACAAAAACCUUCCUCGGGGUCCAAUAAAACAAAUGCAAGUAAACAAAUUCAUAAACAAUCCCACAAUGAGGAUCAAAAGCAGCAUAUAACUCUCCCCCUGAGUCUUUCUUUAUAUAUGGUCUUCCUAUUGUCUCAUUAGCAGUUCCGUGGGGGUGUUUCUGAAGGUAUCCAGCCAGGCCCGGACUGGCCCUCGCGAUGUCCAUGGGCCGAGGCCGGCAGGGGAGAUCACAGGAUCACCUGAGCAUAACACUUAUAUAAAUAACUGGUCUCUGUUUCACUGUAUAUGUAGUUCUCAUCUUGGUUUACAGGAGUCAGUCCUAUCGUUCUUUUGAUAGUGCAUCCACUUUGCUCUUUAGUUUAUUUGCGAAACAAUCAAAGUUAAAGAAACACCCAAAUGUGUUUAUCUAAAAGCUGAGAUUAAUUUCUGGUAUGUUUUUGUUCUAAGAUUGCACACAGAGUUCACGAGAAAUUCACUUUAAAGGGACACUACUACCCUGUAACUGCUUUAUCUGGUAGACCUGGUUAUAGUGUCUGGAGCCGUCCUUUCAUUCAGCGUUAAAGAAACACUAUAGCAUUAGGGAUACAAAACGCUAUAGUGUGCCUCCGGAUCCUUUCCUUUUUUUAUUUUUAUUUUUUGUCUCGCUAACCUGCGGUUGAAGUAGACAAAGAGUUUUUGUUUUGUCUGAUGUGAUCAUGCAUCCUAAUCUUUCCAUAUAUUUUUCUUUGACAGAUGAUGCGGAGUCCCAGAAAGUUCUUGUACCCCCAGGAGGUGGUACUGCAGAAUUGCAGGCUGCUGUGGUGAAACAGACAGGUAGACAUUAUCAUUACCACCAUUUUUAUAGCUUCAGGAAAUUGAGCAAAGCUUUGCAAUUCUUUCAGUGCAGCUGCAUAACAACAAUUAAGUGCUGGAUGGCAAAAUCACGUAAGGGAUACAAAAUGUAUUUUUAAAAAUGCCCAGCUCAAACUACUGAAAAUUACCUAGCCAUUUACAGGAAGUGGGCAAAUAAUAAAAAGCUUAAAAAUCUAUUCUUAUAAAAGAGCUAGUAAGCAGUAUGCUGCCGUUUAGAUUCAGAACUGCUUUUAGUACUUUUGGAAUUUGCUUUUACAAGUCUUUAGUGUAGCUGGGUUUUGCACCAUUUCUCAAAAACAAAAGUAUGAAGUGAAUGUCUUAUCAAUAUUUAGAACUGGCCAUUAGGCUGUGGCAUGCCACAUAAAAGGGUCCUGUAAAUGGACUCUCGAUCCAUAGCCAAUGCAGUUGUGGGAGCUUAUUCCCACCAUUUAGCAGCCCUGUGGGCUGAAGAGUUCCAUUUGUAAACCCACCAGGUUGUGAGAGAGAAUUUUUUUUUUUUUUUUUUUUUAAAGUCAUCAUAUUUUUACUAAUCAGGAGUCUAGCAGAGUUACUUAACCUGAGAAUUGAUCGUGGGAUAUAAAUUCUUAUGUUAAAAUAUUAAAACUUUGUUGAAUAAUCUUUCUAGUUAAAGGACCACUAUAGUGCCCUGAGGGUGCCCGCACCCUCAGGCACCCCCUCCCGCCGGGCUGGAUGGAGUGGAAGGGGUUAAACUUACCUCUUUCUCCAGCGCCGGGCGGGGAGCUCUCCUCUCUCUUCUCCUCCUCUUUGGCUGAAUGCGUAUUCACAAUGCUUUCCUAUGGACGCUGGCGUCUUCUCACUGUGAUUUUCACAGUGAGAAGCACGCAAGCGCCUCUAGCGGCUGUCAAUGAGACAGCCACCGGAGGUUGGAUUAACCCCAAUAUAAACAUAGCAGUUUCUCUGAAACAGCUAUGUUUUUAUAAAAAUAAAAAGGGGGGGGGUUAACCCUAGCUGGACCUGGCACCCAGACCACUUCAUUAAGCUGAAGUGGUCUGGGUGCCUAUAGUGGUCCUUUAAGCUAUUUGACCUAAAAUGUGUCAUUUCCUAGUUGCAUGACUUUUACCCUAGGCGAUGCAUUGGUGUGGUGGUCUUAAAGUAAUUUCCUGUUGGAAGCUCGAACAUAAAUUCCAGCUUUGUGAAACUCAUGGCAUUCAGUUUUCUGGAAACGGUGUUGCAAAGAGACUGAUUUAGUUUUGUAAACUUUUGACGUUGCGCUAUUGUGAUGUUUAGUAACUAUGCUGUGAAGUGUCAUUCUUUGUGACUUACGACCUCUGUUCCUCCUUGAUGUUGGUUUCCACAAAUUAAGAAAAUUAGAAAUGUAUUAAUUGCCAAACUUCUUUAAUAGAUGGCAUAUCCCAAAUAAGCAGUCAGUCUAAGAUGAAUCUAUGACAUCUGUGAUUUUUAUAGUGUAGUAUUAUUUAUUACCUUGGGACAAAAGUAAUUAAUUUCUUUGUGCUGUUUUUUUUUCUUUUUUUUUUUUUCUUUUCUUGUUUAGGGGGGCUUUGCCUUCUUGGUGCUUACACAGACAGUGAUGAAGAUGAUGUCCCCGAUAAGCCUACUGUGGGAACUGCUCCAAAGGCCAACACCUCCUCAGACAUCGACAGUACUCUGGCUAAUUUUAUGGCGGUUAGAGCAAUUUUUAUUUAUAUUUUUUUUUGCACCCAAAAUAUUCAAACUAUUAUGACCUCACUGUUCAACACUCAUAUGGAAAUAUAAAAUGUGUUUAAACUUAACAUCUUUAAAUGGAUUUGGAAUUUUACAAGAAACCGGUUUUAAAAACAAUGAUUUUCUUUUGCGUGUGUUUGUGAUUUUGUGUUCUAAAUGUAUUUAAAAUAUGCUCAAGUACUCCAUAACCCGUGUUCGGUGUAAUUUUAAAUUAAUUAAACAACUUGAUAAAGUGCAACAGUGUAUAUAGUUGUAAUUAUAAAUUGCUGCGUAGUAGACCGACUUUGCUCCUUUCAAUUCAUAGUGCCUGUGUGUGUGUACACCAAGAAAAGUAUCUCUGGGGGGGAGGAAAAAACUGUGCAAAUAUAUAAAAAGUUAUCAACACCUAAACAGUGUAAGUGCACUUGAGAGAACGUGUCGCGCUCUGCAAGCAUACGGGUGGCUAUUGUAAUUCCAGUUAGAAGAACCCUUUGCUGCAUUAUCUCCUGAUUGCAGGAUUGUAUCUCACCUUAAACCGAAUUGGUGAUCUAAUGAACAUUAAAGAAGGAGCCUAUCUGGAGAUAAGUGGCCCUUAAGGGCAAAGCUAUUUCAAAUUGUGCUGUACUCUACACUAAAUAUUCUGUAAUGUAUAAGGAUUGUCUCCUUGGGAUUUUCUUCUUUCGUUUUUUUUUUAAUAUAUUCUUAUAUUUAAAUUGUGAGUGGUCAUAUGCAUUAUGAAGUAAAUAUGCCCCAUUUGGAUUGCACUUGCACUUUUUAGCUGUUAAUAAUACUGUUUAUGGGAGGCGGAGCCUGACUGCUGAACUGGCUGGUGGCAUGCUGCCCGAGCUCCAGGACGAGACCGGUAAUCUGACUAAUUUACAUGCCAAAAACUACCGCAAACCGUGUCUUCCAGCAACACAUUGCUGCUUACUCUAUUACUUAAAAAAAUGUGCACAGUUCUUCAUGCCAUACAACUGUCUUUAUAUGUACGUUGAAACUCUGGCACCAGCUGUUGCGACAUUGCUAGCUUAAAUGUAACCUGUAUAAUCUAUGCUCGGGGAAAAAAUACGGUUUAUAUAUUUGCACAUAGUUUUUUUUUUUUUUUUUGUGUAUAUGUGUGUGUGUGUAUGUGUGUGUAUAUGUGUAUAUAUAUAUAUAUAUAUAUAUAUAUAAUUUUUUUCCCGCUAGAAUCCCUUCUUAAAAUAUGAUUGAAACUGUCCGUGAAGUCUUAUAAUCUGUUUCUGUGCCAUUGUUUCAGGAAAUCGAUGCCAUCACAGCUCCUUCUGCACCAGAUGGCGAAGCAGUUGCUGCUUCUUUGAUUCCUCCCCCUACGCCACCAAGACCAGAUCCAAAGGACAGUCAUUCAGUGUCAUCUAGUGCACAUAAUGGCGCAGAAUCGGCUUUGGCAGGGGAGGCAUGGAGAUUUGAUACUCAGUGUUCGCUAACCGGAGGUGAGUGCAGUUUUUUUUUUUUUUUGGUUUUUUUGACUGUUCACUUUGAUAAUCUUACACACUUUCCAUCCUAUCAAAUAUGAUGUGCAAACGUCUCAUGCUCACAAACCCUCCACACUGUGCUCCGAUUUAACAUCUCUGCUCUACUGCUCAGUGCAAACCUACUUGUCCCUUUUUUUUUUGAAAGUUUGUGCUGUCCAAGUUGCCUCACAUGUCUUUAACACAUUGCGAUAUCCAGGUUACUUCAUCCCUACCCAAUUCACUUACUGAAAUGUAAUUCUUUGUGUAUUAUUAAUCAUUCUAUUAACCCUAAUAAGCAUUCCCCAUAAUAAUCGCAUGCUUACCAACACACUUCAUCAGUUAUGUUUGUCCGUUACAUACUGUUUUACUCCCUUUUAAUUCUACUGUUUGCAUAUAUAUCUCACCUUUUAAAAAUCUAUUGAUUGUAUGAUAUACUUUCCUAUGUUUUGCAGUAAUGUGAACGUUUUCUUUCUGGCUGUACCUGACACGUUUUGGUGUUUAAUAAAACAAGUGCUUUUGUUUUUGUCUAGUUGGUGUUGAGAUGGGGGAUUGGCAAGAAGUGUGGGAUGAGAACACGGGUUGUUAUUACUAUUGGAACACUCAGACCAAUGAAGUGACGUGGGAGCUACCCCAAGAUCUGGCUACUCAAGUCCAGGGAGCUCAGGGGUAUGUAAGAUGUGGGUGGACUGGGCAGAUGGAAGCUCUGUCUGCUAACAUAGCUUCAGUUUUAGCUCAUGGUGUGUGUUUAAUUUCCAGAACUGCUACAGACGGUAUUUCUUUACACACGAUUGUUACCGCAGAGUCCUUUUCUGAGGCAAAGGAAGACGUUUUGGUUACAAGCACUAGUAGCUUACCAGUGAUUUCCAAAAAAGAUGUAAAGAAGGUGAGUGCCUUUCUUUGUAGACCAUCCCUGCCCAUUGUAUGUGAUUUUCAAAUGUUAAAUUCCGUUUAAAUUGUCAAUAUCUCUAGCCCGAGUUCAGACCUAGUUAAAGGGACAUUAUAGGCACCCAAACCACUUCAACUCAUUGAGAAACUGCAAUAAUUACAUUGCACAGCGUUAACUCCACCUCUAGACGGGCAUUUCUGGGUCGUUAGUUGACUUUUGGUCGCCUACCUGACUCUGGAUGUCCUCACGCUUUGCAUGAUUCGAGCAUUGGUUCAAUGCUUUCCUAUGGUGUAGCCCUAAUGCAAUCGCUGAGCUUGCUGAUGUUGGGAGAGGUAAAGGCGUAGCCUGAACCAGCACUGAGGGACACGAGGGCGCUGGAUUCGGGUAAGUAACAAGGUUUGUUUUUGUUUUUUUUAACCCAUUCUGCACUGCUGGUGGGGGGGCACUAUAGGUUGCUAGGAAUGCAGCUUUGUAUUCCUAGCACUCUACUUUCCCUUUAACAGCAAUUGGAUGUUGGUUCUGAAGCAGAAUGUCAAGGAUUCCCCAGGGGUGAGCAGUAGCAAAUGGAGGUUCUCGUUCACUUUAGCAUUACUUUAAUUUCAUGUUUCUAGGGUUCACUGCCUGUAGGAUUUAUUCACUAAAUGAUGAAUUGAUAACAAGUUUAUUGCAUUUGGGGCAGAAAAUAUAUUGCAGCCUUCGUUUUGCAUUUUACUACAUUCCAUACUUAAUGAAGAAAAACCUCUCUGAGCAGUUCCCCACCACAGGGCUAAACUACCAGGAAGAAACCAGACUGGUUUGUCUCACUGCCAGGGAGGUGUAACUGGGUUAAUUUAUAAUAGUGUCAAUUUUUAUUGAAAUCUGCACCUUUUGUAACAUGGGGAAAAGGACACACUGUUCACAAAUAAAGCACUUCAGCAAGCUAAAGGGAUUUAGGAGUCUGAAGUGUCCCUUUAAAUCACUUCAUGUGCUGAACCCUGUGAGGGUUCCAUCCAUUGAAUCAAUGAAUCUUGCUGACCUUUUAAUCCUAUUGGGUAAUGCCACCAAAAAAAAUAAAUCUCAAAUCUCUGCCCUUUGAAUAGUUCCUCAUCUUUCUCUUUACGGCUGCCGUUGCAUACAUGUGAAUUAUGUCAGGUUAUUGCAAACGUGAGCGAUCUUUGACAAGCCUUUAUGGGCAUACUUUCUGUUUUCAGGAUGUGAAUGAGGCUGUCCAGGCCCUUUCCAACAAGGAAGAAGAGAAGGUGGGUGUUGCUGCAUCUCUACUUGCUCCACUUUUGCCAGAGGCUGUGAAAGAGGAAGAGGAACGCUGGCGAAGGAGAGUCAUAUGCAAAGAGGAUGUCGGCGAAGGAGCUUCAGAAGACGAAGGGGAGGCGGCAGCAGCUGUUGGUGCAGAUAGCUGCUUAGCUACGUGUGCAGACGAGAGUGGGCAAGAUGAUGUUUGCAGCACGGUCCAAUCAGGAGAGAGCGAUGAAGAAGAGAUAGAAGAACAAGACACCCUAGAGCUGGAGAUGGUCUUGGAAAGGAAGAAAGUAAGUGUUGUUUUUUUGUCCCUCUCCAAGUUGUUUUGCUUUUUCUUUAUAUUUUAAGUUAUUUUAUUUUAUUUGACGUGUUUAAUGGUAAUUAGAAAUAUAUGUUUAAGGUUUAAAGGGACACUCCAUGCACCCAGACCACUUCUGCCCAUUGGAGUGGUCUGGAUGCCAACUCCUAUCACCCUUUUUAUAAACUGCAAUAAUUACCUUGCGGGUUAAGUCCUGUCUGAUAGGCAGCCACUAGAGGGACUUCCGUGUUCUUAGAACACGAAAAGCAUGUUAUGCGACGCUUGGCGUUCUCACGCUUUGUGAGGACCUCCAACAUCGCCAAAAUCCCCAUAGGAAAUAAUUGAAUAAUGCUUUCCUAUGGGGAGGUCUAAAGCGCGUGGGCGGCCAUUGCCGAGCGUGCGCAUUGUCUCCCCCGGCCGGCUGACGUCUGCGAAUCCUGACCCAGCGCGGAGGGACAUCAGCGCUGGACUCCGGUAAGUCACUAUGGGGUUUUAACCCCUUCAGCAACUUGGGGUGGGGGGUGGGGCACUGUAGGGUCCUGCAGUGCUAGGAAAUGUCCCUUUUAGUAGUUAUUAUACAUUACAUUAUUCAUGAAAUAGUCAUUUAUGUAGCACUGUAUUUUGGGUAAACAAAACAAGAAAAUACACAUUUUGUAUGCUAUAUAAAUGUUAAAAUCACUUCCCUUGAUUUGAUUAAAAUGUGACCUUGAGAAUUUUAACGUGUCCUUAUGGUACACACGUUUUUUGUACUGUUAGAAUUACUGACAGAUGUCUCGAUUGUUUUGUGUAGAACAAAUUUGAAUUAAACAGCUGCUGAUUCCAUUGAAUUAUCUGCUUUUUAGGAAAUAUGGAGAUUUAUUUGAAUGAAUCCUUGUUAAAUGGAUGUUUUGAGGGACAGUACAGGUUAAUAUAUAAAUAUUAUUUUUUUUGUUCCCCUGCAUCAGGCUGAACUCCGAGCUUUAGAGGAGGGAGAUGUGAGUGUGUCUGGGUCCAGUCCACACUCUGACUUCAGCCAGUCAGAUGAAGCUCCGAAAGCAACACCCGUUAAAAGCAAGUGGAAGGUGUUCGUUCCAACAGCUAGUCCCGAUUCAGCCAGCCGCAGCUCCAGUAAAACCGGCCGUGACACCCCUGAAACCGGUGAGCGUUUGAUCUAAUAAACCACAUUUUCAGCUAUUUUAUUAUAGAGAAUAGAGUUGUCCAGUGCUCCCUACAGUAUAUCUUUUCAGUUCUGUUAAUUAUGUCUGUGCUCCCUUACAUUCUGUGGUCUCUGGGUUCGGUUAAUUAUGUCUGUGUGGUCUCUGGGUUCUGUUAAUUAUGUCUGUGCUCCCUUACAUUCUGUGGUCUCUGGGUUCUGUUAAUUAUGUCUGUGUGAUCCCUUACAUUCUGUGGUCUCUGGGUUCGGUUAAUUAUGUCUGUGUGAUCCCUUAUAUUCUGUGGUCUCUGGGUUCUGUUAAUUAUGUCUGUGUGAUCCCUUACAUUCUGUGGUCUCUGGGUUCGGUUAAUUAUGUCUGUGUGAUCCCUUAUAUUCUGUGGUCUCUGGGUUCUGUUAAUUAUGUCUGUGUGAUCCCUUAUAUUCUGUGGUCUCUGGGUUCGGUUAAUUAUGUCUGUGCUCCCUUACAUUCUGUGGUCUCUGGGUUCUGUUAAUUAUGUCUGUGCUCCCUUACAUUCUGUGGUCUCUGGGUUCGGUUAAUUAUGUCUGUGUGAUCCCUUACAUUCUGUGGUCUCUGGGUUCGGUUAAUUAUGUCUGUGUGAUCCCUUAUAUUCUGUGGUCUCUGGGUUCUGUUAAUUAUGUCUGUGUGAUCCCUUAUAUUCUGUGGUCUCUGGGUUCGGUUAAUUAUGUCUGUGCUCCCUUACAUUCUGUGGUCUCUGGGUUCUGUUAAUUAUGUCUGUGCUCCCUUACAUUCUGUGGUCUCUGGGUUCUGUUAAUUAUGUCUGUGUGAUCCCUUAUAUUCUGUGGUCUCUGGGUUCGGUUAAUUAUGUCUGUGUGAUCCCUUAUAUUCUGUGGUCUCUGGGUUCUGUUAAUUAUGUCUGUGCUCCCUUACAUUCUGUGGUCUCUGGGUUCUGUUAAUUAUGUCUGUGCUCCCUUACAUUCUGUGGUCUCUGGGUUCGGUUAAUUAUGUCUGUGUGAUCCCUUAUAUUCUGUGGUCUCUGGGUUCUGUUAAUUAUGUCUGUGCUCCCUUACAUUCUGUGGUCUCUGGGUUCUGUUAAUUAUGUCUGUGUGAUCCCUUACAUUCUGUGGUCUCUGGGUUCUGUUAAUUAUGUCUGUGCUUCCUUACAUUCUGUGGUCUCUGGGUUCUGUUAAUUAUGUCUGUGUGAUCCCUUAUAUUCUGUGGUCUCUGGGUUCGGUUAAUUAUGUCUGUGCUUCCUUACAUUCUGUGGUCUCUGGGUUCGGUUAAUUAUGUCUGUGUGAUCCCUUAUAUUCUGUGGUCUCUGGGUUCUGUUAAUUAUGUCUGUGUGAUCCCUUAUAUUCUGUGGUCUCUGGGUUCUGUUAAUUAUGUCUGUGCUCCCUUACAUUCUGUGGUCUCUGGGUUCUGUUAAUUAUGUCUGUGUGAUCCCUUACAUUCUGUGGUCUCUGGGUUCUGUUAAUUAUGUCUGUGCUCCCUUACAUUCUGUGGUCUCUGGGUUCGGUUAAUUAUGUCUGUGUGAUCCCUUAUAUUCUGUGGUCUCUGGGUUCUGUUAAUUAUGUCUGUGCUCCCUUACAUUCUGUGGUCUCUGGGUUCUGUUAAUUAUGUCUGUGCUCCCUUACAUUCUGUGGUCUCUGGGUUCGGUUAAUUAUGUCUGUGUGAUCCCUUAUAUUCUGUGGUCUCUGGGUUCUGUUAAUUAUGUCUGUGCUCCCUUACAUUCUGUGGUCUCUGGGUUCUGUUAAUUAUGUCUGUGUGAUCCCUUACAUUCUGUGGUCUCUGGGUUCUGUUAAUUAUGUCUGUGCUUCCUUACAUUCUGUGGUCUCUGGGUUCUGUUAAUUAUGUCUGUGUGAUCCCUUAUAUUCUGUGGUCUCUGGGUUCGGUUAAUUAUGUCUGUGUGAUCCCUUAUAUUCUGUGGUCUCUGGGUUCUGUUAAUUAUGUCUGUGUGAUCCCUUACAUUCUGUGGUCUCUGGGUUCUGUUAAUUAUGUCUGUGCUUCCUUACAUUCUGUGGUCUCCGGGUUCGGUUAAUUAUGUCUGUGUGAUCCCUUAUAUUCUGUGGUCUCUGGGUUCGGUUAAUUAUGUCUGUGCUUCCUUACAUUCUGUGGUCUCUGGGUUCGGUUAAUUAUGUCUGUGUGAUCCCUUAUAUUCUGUGGUCUCUGGGUUCUGUUAAUUAUGUCUGUGUGAUCCCUUAUAUUCUGUGGUCUCUGGGUUCUGUUAAUUAUGCCUGUGUGCUCCCUUACAUUCUGUGGUCUCUGGGUUCUGUUAAUUAUGUCUGUGUGCUCCCUUACAUUCUGUGGUCUCUGGGUUCUGUUAAUUAUGUCUGUGUGCUCCCUUACAUUCUGUGGUCUCUGGGUUUUGUUAAUUAUGUCUGUGCUCCCUUACAUUCUGUGGUCUUUGAGAUCUGUGAUAUUUAAAUAUUGGACUGUAUGCUAUCUGAUGAUAUUUAUUUACUAAAAACAGAACAUAAUGUGGAGACCUUUUGACUUAAAACUUUCCGUUUAUCUUUACGAAUUUCAUAGCCUUUAUAGGGGCAGGAGAAAGAAUAAGAACACAUCACUCAGACUAAGAGUGUAAUGCAAUUCCCUAGGAAAUCACAAAAUAUUUCAACUGUUCUAGCUUUUAAGACAUGCACUUCAUCUGAAAUGGAGGAUAUCUGUAUCUAUCAAGUUCAUAUAUCCUUGCACUCAUGCUUGAGUUGCCUACUGCGAUACUGCAGUGGUAGAAUUGCCGGGUACCAGUCUCUGCAAGGGAUCCUGUUAUGUACCAAACAAAAGAUACAGGCUGCACUCACGGACUUGCAAAUAUCAAAAAUGCUGUUUAUUCCAUAUAACAAGAAAAAUCUUCCUCAGGAGUCAUUUAAUCCUGAGGAAGGUCCCUGCGAUGACCGAAACGUUGAUAUUUUUUAUUUUAUUUUCCCCAGCAUUUUUGAUAUUUGCAAGUCCGUGAGUGCAGCCUGUAUCUUCAUUUGUUUGAGAAACAGCUGUCCAUGAGUGGUUCACUGGUUUUGCAUCUUAUCCUAAAUUGUGUUCCAAGCAGUUGUAUACUGCAAACACAAAUUAAAAGGAAUCCAUGUUUAAAAUGGAAUGAGGCAAAAAUGUGAUUCUUUGUUAAACUAAUUUGCAUAUGCCCACCCAGAAUCCUUUGCGGUUGUAACAUCACUGCUGAUUUGGGAUUUCUGUGGGAAAAGCAAGUCUUAUGGCUUGACUGGUGUGCAGAUUUUUGUUUAGCAUUGUAUUAACUAUCCACAUACUUCAGGUGGAAGGGGUUUUCAAUCACAAUUUAUCCAAAAUAUUUAUUAGAUGUAUAUUAAAAAUACGAUCGUUUCAGCCCCACUGGAGGGCUUUCCUCAGGAUUUUUUUUUGAUCCUGAGGAAAGCCAUCCAGUGGGGCUGAAAUGUUGAUCGUAUUUUUAAUAUAUAUCUAAUAAAUAUUUUUUAUUUUAAUGAAGUCCGAGGAGUGCAUCCAUUAUUUUGGAUAUUUUGUAUGAAAACAGCCUGCUGCACCCGGAAUUAUUCAAGAUAGCGUGAGUGCAAGGAAACUUUUGUGUAAUAUAUAUAUAUACAUUUUUUUUUUUUUUUUUAUUAUUAUUAUUGAAAUUUUUUUUGUGAGAGAGAAAUGUGAUUUCCUUUUCAGAACUUGCUGCUGAGAGCUGUGCGCCUGUGAAAGAACCAGAGAGUGAAGAGGUGACCGAUCACCACAAACCAGUGGUGGAGGAAGGUGAUGAUCUGAAGGUAAUGCUGUGAGCAUACAGUGUUCUGGCAUCACAUAUAGACACAGGGCUGCCAUCAGAACUCUUUGGGCCUUUUACUGUUCCAUUGGCCAGGCCCCUCCUCAUGCUGUACUGCCACCUCCACCCUUAAUAAUUGUGCCAAAAAGAUAGAAACCGCCUUAUUUUCCACCAUUGUAAAAAUAACCCUGGAGUGGCCAACUUUGCUUUUAUCUCCCCACUACAAUAACAAUAUCCCUGGCAGGACCCCGUUCAUUCCUAAUGCCUCCCACCACAAUAAAAAUACCCCCCUCCUACACCACAUAACACAUUGUAAACAUACACCUGGCUCGCCCCCAUUCACUUCUUACCCCUCCACAAAAAAAACCCCCUGGAAGCUCACAUAUACUUUACUUACCUUUGUCUGUACUCCUCUUACCUCACACACCACUCUGCAUCCAUCUGUGUUCUUCCAAGUCUUUAUCCUCCAUAUUUAACAGUGGAAAGACAGGGGGUCUGCAGGCAUGAGCAGGACGAUGGCUCCGCAGGGUCCAGUGGUGCCUGGUGCAGGGUUCUGGCUCCUUUCUCUCAUUGUCGUUGCCACGCAGAGAAGUGAAAGGGUGUUGGCACUGCUCCUAAGUAAGGGUCCUACUCCACAGGAUAUGUCCAACAGGAAGACCGGACUAACAGCAGUUUGGGCAAAUUAGACCCUGGGCCCGAUGGCCAAUUUACAUGCUGAGUGUUCCUGUCAUCAUUGUUGCUUACAAUUGUAAAGUGUCUUGUAAUACAGUGUGGUAUUUUUGUACUUUGUAUGUGUGAGAGGGCACUUGUCUAGCACGAGAGGGUGUACAUGCAGUUUGAGUGUAUGCGAGUAGUGUAUUUUUAUGGGUUGUGUGUGAUUGUUUCCAAAUCCUCCCCUUUCUCUGUACUUUUAUUUUGUUUCACUGUCUAAACCCUUACCCUUGUUUUCUCCUUCUCAAAAAUCCCAUCCAAAACCCUUAGCCUUGCCUCCAUCAAGGCACUAUAAUGCACUUUAAAUAUUUUUAACAUAUUUAUCACUCAGCCGUACCUCGUUUUCUAGCAUUGCUGAGCUCUUUAUGAUGCAUUGCCUGGGAUGUUCUUCCAGCCCAGCCUAAACACUGCAUCUCUUGUGUAUUCCAUGCUGUGUGGCGAGAGUUAAAGCAUAUGAUGGGAGUCAUGCCCCACACCCUCACAGCCAGGAAACUGCUCUAGGCUGAGGCUGGCCAAGGAAGAGGGAAGGGAAUAGGCCUCUUAUUACAGAUUAGGAGCUUGGACACACUGCACUACAGCUCAGAAACAAGGUAGCGACACCAGGAAAGGAAUCCAUGACUGUCUGGGCUCCUAAAUGGUUGUGUACCAGUUGGGGAGUUCUCUGUAUUCACCAGUGGGUUAAUGAAUAAACAGAGGUAGGCCCCCAAGAACCUCAACCCAUCACCCCUCUGGGGAAUAUACUUUCUCUUCAACUAGACCUCAGCGGGCUCCGCAGCUUGUGCCGGCCCCCUACUGGAGUAAUGCCUAAACCCACCUGUAGACAGGUUUAAUGAGACCUGGUGGAAUCUUUAAUUAAUUACCACUCUAGGCACCCAGACCACUUCAGCUUAAUGAAGUGGUCUGGGUGCCUGGUCCUUCUAGGGUUAACCCAUUUUUUAAUAAACAUAGCAGUUUCAAAGAAACUGCCAUGUUUAUUAAUGGGUUAAGCCUUCCCCCUAAUCCUCUAGUGGCUGUCUCAUUGACAGCCGCUAGAGGCGCUUGCAUGCUUCUCACUGUGAUUUUCACAGUGAGAGCACGCCAGCGUCCAUAGGAAAGCAUCGUAAAUGCUUUCCUAUGCGACCGGCUGAAUGUGCCCGCAGCUCUUGCCGCGCGUGCGCAUUCAGCCGACGGGGCGGAGAGGAGGAGGAGAGCUCUCCGCCCAGCGCUUGAAAAAGGUACGCUUUACCCCUUUCCAGAGCCGGGCGGGAGGGGGUCCCUGAGGGUGGGGGCACCCUCAGGGCACUAUAGUGCCAGGAAAACGAGUGUUUUCCUGGCACUAAAGUGGUCCUUUAAGGGAAAAGCUGCAGUGGUUAGCUUGUCCAAGGAAGGAAGAGGUGAUAGAAUUAUCCAGAAUUAAUAUAUAUUCUUUUUCUUUAACAGUUCCAAAUUGGAGAGAUGGCCAAUGGCCUAAUAAGUAAACUGGAAUUUCUGGGAAUUAACAGGCAGUCUGUGUCCAAUUUUCACGUCCUCCUGUUUCAGACAGAGGUGAGUUAAUCACAUGUUAACUUACCAGUAUGGAUAAAUACAAUAUUUGUGUUCUGUGCUAGUUUUUUUAUUUUUAUCUUGGUAAGAAUUCCAUUAGCUAACAGUGUCGACUUUCUUUUAAUGUAUUUUAUGUUGUUGCUUGGUGAUUUUUGGGUAACCUAUUUAUUUGAUCAUUUGCGAUGUUUGCCAUAACGUGUUAAUGGUUUGCUGGUUAUUUCCAGACUCGUAUCUCAGACUGGAGGGAAGGAGCAUUGAGCGGACACUACCUGAAACGUAAACUUCAAGAUGCAACAGAGCAAAUAAAACAGUAUGAAAUAAACGCCACCCCUAAAGGCUGGUCCUGCCACUGGGACAGGUACGAAUUUCCCCCCACUUUUCACCUUUCACCUCUCAAAACAUGACUUGUGACAUCACCACCUGACCUCGCGACCUCAUCUGUCUGGAGACUGAAAGCUGCUGCCAUUAGGUUCUGGGUGGGCAGACCUUGCAGCACAUGCAGUGCUUGGCCCUGCACAUUGGAGAAAACAAAAAGCUUUUUUAUGUAAAUGUACAUAUGCGUAGUUUCCUCAUUGGACAGAAAGUUGGUUAACCCACGCAAGGUGUUGAGUGCAUUGAUCUGGGAGGGAAUAAGGGGGGAAGCGCAUGCGAGAGCUCUGUGAACAUUUCAGGAUGUCUGGACCCCACAUUUCCUGUGUAACAUCGAUGAAGUUAACUGAAGCUUCAGGGCGACAGCUGUCAACGAAGAGCAAGAUACUUUCUCCUGACUCAGGUCAGACCGAAAUAUUUCCUUUUUAAAUUUUGUCUUAUUUUUUUAUUUUGUUUUUGCUUUUUAUUUUAUUUUUUUGUUACUUUUAUUCUUUGUGUUUUUUUUUUUUUUUUUUUUCCUUUCUACUUUUCUAUCUUGUACUUAAUCGAAGAUAUGUACUCUUAUCUUUCAGCUCCCUGAAACUAAACACACAUGCCUAGUUUGCUCUAAUGAGGAUCUAAUAGUGGAUGCCAAACUUGAGCUUGGCAUCCCCAGAAAUGGUGCUUUCAUCAACAUCACAAAUCUUUCCCCCACCAUAAAAUCUCCCUCUUUUUAUUAAGCACAGUGUUUAAAGCCCAGAAAAGCAAUGACAGCCCUUAAUUAAAUUAUAUAGUGUCAAAGUGUUAUGGGACAUAUUUGUCUAACGCAUUGAGCUUGGUUGCAUUCACACAGUGUGUUAGACAAGCUGCCCUGUGCAGGAGGUUUAUUUUUCUUUGUAAAAUGCAGAUGUUCUGUAAGUUUCCCUCCUGUGAGCCAAAUUAAAGCCACAGGAGAGAGCACAAAACAAAGGUGAUAACUGUAUAGGAGCAGUAAUUAAAAGCUGUGUCUGUUUUUGUGAUUCAGGGAUCAUAGACGUUAUUUCUAUCUUAAUGAAAACACUGGCCAAUCUCAGUGGGAGUUUCCUGAUGUGGACGAGGAAGAGGAGCGGGCUGCAUCCCAAAAUAAAUCUGAUGUCUCUAAGCUGGUUCAAAGGGAUAAAUUUGAAAGUGCCCCACCUCCUCCUCCUCCUGAGCCGCCAGAACCCGUUGCAGGUAAGAUUUCCGAUGGUUUUAUCUAUGUACAAACCUAAGUCAGUUGCCUCUCCCAAAUAAAGCGUGCCUACUAUGUACUGAAGAGGAUGGGUUUUGAAUACAAACUGUAAGAACUGCAAACGUGAAGUAUUUUUGUAAUACAAAGGUCAAUACAUAGUUACUGUAAGCUGUAGUGAUUAUGGUGCUUAGUGUAUCUCUCUUUAUGCUCACGUUGGUUUGUAAUUCAUGUUGUUUUUUUCAGAAAUUACUCCUGUCAAGCCUGUGGUUCCGCCCAGUGGACAAGUAACACAAUACUGGAACAUACAUCAACCACCCCUGCCUUUAGAAUUACCCCCACCACCCCCUCCACCUCCUGAAUCACCUCCGCCGCCGCCACCACCACCUCCUUCACCACCACCUCCCCCACCUCCGUUGGAUGAUGGAGAGAUCCAAGAGGUGGAAAUGGAGGAAGAUGAUGGGGAACCACCAGCCCCAGGAACAGAAGAAGUGCAUGCUAAAUUGCUGCACUCGGAAAUCGCCGUUCACAAGGUGAGCAAAAGAGAGGCUGACCUUGGCACACUGCCUAAAACUGUCUUUUUAGAUUGUAAUAGGAAUUUAUGGAAAUGGACAUUUACCAUAUCGGUGCUCAACAUAGUCAGACCUCUUUUUAACGAAUGAAGGAGACUCACUGAGGUUUACUCAGGUUGUUUUGGUGGUUGUACUUCUUUAAUUCUUACUGAACCCAAUCAGACCUCUCCUAGCCUCUUUGAUCCCUAUACUUCUACUUGGCAUCAUUAACAGCAAGUGUCAUGUUUAGGGGCUCCACAAUUCCGUUCUAAUGAAUAUAUGGCUAAAAUAUGAACAGUUUUCUUCUUUGGUUAAAGAUCCAACAUGUGUGCUGAUACUUAUGCUGAAGGUGUGAUAAACUUGCAUUGUGUUGAAGAAUAAAGGAAGUUUUUCUGAUGUAUUAACACCACCCCUCCCCUCACUUUUCUCCCAGAUAAAAGGGGAUCCUGCAGUUUCUGGUAAAACGUCUAAGAGGAAGGCAACAGACAUGUUUGCAGAGCAGUCUGUCACCAUUGGAAGCUGUGCGGUUCUCUACUCUCAGCAAUCCCUCCCAGCAGGUCUGAAAUUACUUUUUCUUCCCAAUGAAAUGCUCAUUAAGGGAACAAAAUGAAUGGAAUGACACAUUUUAAAACGGUCUAUUACAUUUGCUUCUUUGCUUUUUAGCCAGAAAAAAUAAAUUUUGGUCUGUGAAUAAGCACACACCUGACAGCUCCCCACACGCAUCUUAUUCUUUAAUACAGUGAGGGGGAAAAGUAUUUGAUCCCCUGCUGAUUUUGAUCGUUUGUCUACUGACAGAGAAAUGAUCAGUCUAUAAUUUUAAUGGUAGGUGUACUUUAACAAUGAGAGACAGAAUUAAAAAAAAAAAACACAUUUCAAAAAAGUUAUAAAUUUGAUUUGCAUGUCAAUGAGUGAAAUAAGGAUUUAUUUGUUAUCAAAUUCUCGUGGCAUACUUACAAAGAAAUCAGAAAGGAGUAGGCUCACAGUAAAGGUUAUUACAGCUAUAAAUUACGCUUUGCUAAACUGCAGUUAGGUGAAAGGUUGUCUCUUCCUUUUUCCCUCAUUUUGUCACUUUAUUUUAAUCAAACAAAGUUUACUGUAACUCUUUAGGCAAAUAUACAAUAAUAUUAAACGCACAAAGAAUCUGGACUGUGAGACUGUAAUGGAAUAUUGCAUAAAAAGGAAAUUCUAAUGGGGGGCCGGGGGUAAUGUAAUUCGUGCUGGAAGGACAAAAUAGGAAGAGUAAUCUGCCACAUCAUUUUCUGACCUUCACAAAACGCCUCUCACAAGCAUUGCAAAUUAUUCAAUAUGGUUAGAAACCACCAAUCAAGACUAUGGGAUUUGUUUUGUAGAUCAUACAGUUUAUUCUCUAACUGUAUUGAAUAAUUUGUAAAGGUUAUUAAAUUAAUCCCUAAAUUCCCUAAAAAGAUAUCAAAUUGUAGCACAUGUAGUUAUGGGAGACCUAUAGAUAUCGAUAUCUUAAUCUAGUUCGAUUUCAGUGAAAUUAAAAUUGCUGCUGUUGGGUCUAAAAAAAUGUUUUAUUUGGAGUAUGUCUGCUCAGAGAAGACUAGUAAAACCUGCUUAUUAAUGUGUCCUCUUUCAGCUCCACCUAUGACCGCAAUGAAUCUCCCCGCCAAUUAUAUGGGACUUCCACUCCAGGUUCCGUCCCCUGUAGUCAUGAGCCCGUUGGACUAUGCCAUUCCAAAUAGUAUGUUACAAGCAAUGCCCCACGUCAUGCCACAUGCCCUAAUCCCAACACCUGUAGUGACAGAACCGCAACCUCCUCCACCGGCUCCAGUGGCUACCAGCAAGCAACAAACAGAAAAAACUAAAAAGACCAAGAAAGAAAAGGUACUGUUUUUUUCAUCUAGAAGCUUACUUUAUCCCCCUUUUUUUAAAUUUACUUAUUUUUAUUCACAACUGUAUAAUCUUGUCUGUGCUUGGUUGUCAUUCGUAGGUUAAAAAGAGUAAAGUUAAAAUGCCAUCCUUAGUCCAGAAAUGGCAAAGCAUACAGAAAGAGCUGGAUGAAGAGGAGCUGUCCAGUUCCAGUGAUGAGGAUCGUUCUGUAUCAAAUCAGAAACGCAUUGAAGAUUGGAAAAUUCAGCAGUUAAACAGGUACGAAGGUCAUGUGAUUUAGAUCAAUAUAUAUUGUGUGUAUAAUAUGAACAUAUGGGAAACUGCAAGUUAAAGGGAGAGUCUAAGAACAAAAACCAGUACAUCUUUAUGCAGUGGUUUUGGUGUAAAUAUCCAGUUCCUGUAUUCUGACACGAGAUACAGGACAGACACUGUGCUGUAGUAGCACUUCUAGUGGUUUCCUAGCAAACAGCCAGAACCACCUUCACACAGGUACUUUGUUCAGCAUCAUCACUCAGAAUGUCUUUCGGACCUUACAGGCAUAUUGCUGUGAGCGUACCUGCAUGUCCUGAAAUGGUGAGCUCGGUACUCAUGAACACUCACACCAUACACAUGCGUGAUGUAGUAUUUGAUUUGUGCGUGCAUGGGAGCUGUGCAUGUACCGUGUGUUCUCUAUUAGAAGCAUUUGAAUGGACAGUAGUCAAGUGUAAUGACAUUAGAGUAGGCAGGUGAGGUUGCUGUGUAGAAGCAGUCUCUGCACUGGAGUAAAGCGAAGUUCAAGUGAGAUUUUUAUUUUACAGUGUUCCUUUACUGAACAUGGCUUUUUGUUUAAAGGCACCCAGACCACUUCAGUUCAGUGAAGUGAUCUGGGUGCCAGACCCAUCUAGUUUUAACCCUGCAGCUGAAAACAUGGCAGUUUCAGAGAAACUGGCCUCUAGUGGCUCUCACUGAUUUUUCACAGUGAGAAGACGCCAGCGUCUAUAGGAAAGCAUUGAGAAAUGCUUUCCUAUGGACUGAUUGCGCGCAUGGCUCUUGAUGCGCAUUCAGCGCUGACUUUCGGAAGAGGGAGAUUUCCCCAGCGCCAAGGGAGUCUGGCACUGGAGAAAGGCAAGUGAUUAACCCCUUCCUCCCCCUUUAGCCCUGAGGGUUGGGGGGGGACCUAAAGACCCUAUAGUGCCAGGAAAACGAGUUUGUACGUUAGUAUAGAUUAAGCCAUAUCAGGAAUUGUAUGCACUACUUGUUAGUGUUAAAUUUCAAUAACAGUAUAGUUUGCCCCCUUCCUGUAUAAAGUAUGUAAUGCAAUCUGAUGUAUUCAGACAUAAUGAAAGCUAUGUAAAUCUGCCACACAUACCUGUUUUGGAAUUACAGUAGGUUAUAUAAUCGGUGCCAAUGACAAGUCACCACUACGCAAACCUGCAUCUGCCAUUGACUCUGGAUUACACAAUGCUAGUCCAGCAGAGUUUGCACAAAUACAAUUGCUUGACUUCAAACCUGCUGUUGGAGCACUUGUUACAUAGGCUGCAUUGUGCUGGAAAAACGCUGAUAAAAUCUACUUGUAACUUCUACGGUUUUACUGCUUUAUGUCAUGAUGGUUUGGCUGUACAUAUCAAAAAAGGUGGUGCACUAGGCGAAUAACCGUUUACUCAAUUCCUUUGUAUCCAUGUAAAUAUAACUUUCCAACUCUUUUUUUUUUUUUUUCUUUCUUUUUUUUAGUGGCUUGGCUGAGAAGAACGCAAACUUUGAAGCCCUUCCUGAUAAUUGGAGAGAACGUCUGAAGAGAAGGAAAAUGGCUUCAAGCACGUGACACCCAUUUUGAGCACUUGUAUAUUUUAUUACUCUCCAACAGAUACUGUAUAAAAAUUCCUCCUUGUUCAUAUUUGUUCCACUCAGACUGUUUUUCUUAUUUCAAAUCUGUGGAUGACAAGUUCCUUAACAUAGGUAUUAACAUUUAAUCUAUACAUUCUGUUAAUUACCAGCAGAUGGAUAGAUUAAAUAUUACUUCUACUUACCUGAUCUUUGCUUCCUGAUGUGGGUGGUGGCCCCACGUUUAUCCAUGUGUACUCUAACUUGUAUCUGCGCAUCGGUGUUUGUGGGACGUGCUGGUACCCUCUCAAGCAGCAAUGUUUCUAGAUUCUUCCAUGUUAAUGACUGAGAUUUAAAGGAUUAACACACAAAGUCAAAAUAAAAUGCCAUCUAUACAUUUAACAGCCAUUUGGCUAAGCAUGUAUAGAUGCACUUUAUUUUACAUGAUACCAAGUCAUAUUUUCAUGACAGGUGCCCCUCACACAUGCCAGACUCGUUUCUACCUGUUGAUCCGUUUUUGUAUCUGUGUAUUAUUUAAAUGUAUUUUUUCCCUUUCUUCAAAAGCAAAGAUUUUCUUUUGCUACUGGCCUGAAAAGUGUUUUAAAAAGGUGAAACUUUUGUAAAAAGAUAAACUGUAACAAUAACUUUUUAUAAAAUCAGUGUUUUGUUUAUUUUAUUUUUUUCCCCUGAAAUCCUUUCUUGCCUCUAGUUGGUUGCUGUCUGCCCAUCCCCAAGGAGGGCUCUAGAUCGGGUAGAACCAGGAGCAUUUGCUCUCCGUAGAGUACAAUCUGGUAAAUCUAUGCACUUUAAACAAAAUCUUAUUAAAUCAUUUCCCACAGAUGUGCUCCAUAUUUGGCUGCAAGAUGACCAACGUUCCUGCUUGCAUUAGUUGUUCCUAAAACUAGCUAAUGCUUCUGGAAUUAUUUUAGAUCAGUGAUGUCUGGCCUUUAGUACUCCAGCUAUUGUCAUUUCCACCUCCAGGAUGCACAACCGACCAUCAUGGAAUCCGAUAAAUGCAGCAUCUCGCGUAUCAAGGAUCGCCAUCAUUGUGUAGAACGAUGGGAGAAAUGGUUGAUUUUGUUGCAAUUUGUUUGGAGCAAGUUUGGGAAUUUUUUUUUUUCUUAAAUAAUGGAAAGAUGUUGCAUAGAGAGGUGAUAACUGACCUCCAGUGGCAGAAGUAUUAAAUGAGCUAUAUCCAACAUCACAGCCUCUUUGGUUAAAGCAGGCGGUUGGCAACCUUUUGACACUCUUGAUAUUGUGGACUACAGCUCCCCCUGAUGCUUUGCCAGCAUUAUGGCUGCAAAAGCAUUAUGGGAGAUGUAGUCCAUAACCUCAGGAAUGGCAAAGGUUGCAUAUCCAUUGGGGUAUUCCUUACACUCGCCAGAUCGCUUCCCAAUGUAUAGGUCAAUAGAUAUGUCAAACCUGGUGUUUUAUUGGUUUUUCCCCUUCUGGGUAGGUUGCACAUUCAACUGAAGCAAUCUCAUUACACCGUUUAAUGGCCAAUAAUGCAUCACCUGCAAGGUGCACAUUUUCCAUUGGCCUAUCUUUUGAUCUACAGAUUUGCACAAUCUUUGUACAUCAGUGUAAAAAAAUCAACACACCGGAAUUCUUGAAAUAUAAUUGUCUAGAAAUGCUGCCUACAAAUGGUCAUUCAGUUUGAGUUGGGAAAGUAGUUGAAUUCCUAAUACCGCCCCCAUCACUUUAUUUGCCGCUUCAGCCGACAAUGGAUGAGAUUUAAAAGGGCUCUCCUCCCAUGUUAUGCUAUUAAGUGGCAGAUAUGUCACUCCUCCCAUUAGGAAGAGACUGUUCUGAUCUAUUAAAUUUCAUUUAUGAAUGGGUUUAAUGCUUCAGCAGUGAAUGCUUUGCUUCUGGAAGAAAGGAAAUUGCUGUCUGUCGACGUGUGAAAAAUAAAUGUUUUAAAUGGUCCGUAGGGUCUUUUUUUUCCCCCACCUUUUCUCUGUAAAUGUUGUAAAUAUUAAGUAAAAUACAUUUUUACCUCUGAAUCUGAUUUGAAGGGAAAAUGUUUGCUUUUUUUAAUGUCACAAAUUAAAAUUAUAUUGAAACAUGAAUUAGUCUGUUUUAAUGUGAUUGUACUUGCUUUAGACCAGGCUUCCCCAAACUCCAGCCCUCCAGAUGUUGCUGAACUACCACUCCAAUGAUUCUAUGAAUGAAAUAGGCUAAGGAUCAUGGGAGUUGUAGUUCAGCAACAUCUGAAGGGCUGGCGUUUUGGGAAGCCUACUUUAGACAGUGAAUGCACUGUGGAUACAAUCAGAGUAGGACAAAAUGCAGAAGCUGCCUUGGAAAUACCAUGAAACCUGUCAGCCAGGCUUGAAAUGUGUGAAGCAAGGGACUGCAUGACAUUACUCGAAUCUGGCAUCCAGCAAUUUAAAAAGGCCGUGAUUUGAGGAUAGAUGAAUAGUAAAUUCCAUUGUAUAGCACCUGACCAUAACAAACACUUUAUUCAUAUUGGCUUGAUUUUGUCAUUAAGGUAUUUAACUACAAACCUGUAAACACAACUUUUGUAGUAUUGGUUAUCAAAGUUUUUAGGUGAUCUGUCCAAAUUACCAUCCUGAGAUCCAGGCGUUAAAGAUAAUACAGGUACAAUCUCUUAAAGGAAUUGACCGUUUCCAGCCCAGUAAACACUAAUGACAUUGUAACGGGUGAUGUAUUGCCAUCUUCCACUACCUGCAUGAUUUCGUUUGCAUGUCAGUCUACAAUAUGACAUUACAAAUUUUCACAAGCAUUUUGCAGAGACGUGAAACCUCAAGGGCACAUGAAUUUGGAUACACUUGUAACUAAUGCCGUCCUCUGCACAUUGUUAAAAUGUGCUGAACUGAUCCAAAUAUAUAGAGUAUAAUACCUGAUUUUUUUUUUUAAUAUGGGAUUUAAAUAAAGUUUAAAACAUGACUGUUCAUCAUUAACCAUAAUACUUAAAGCUACUGAAUCUCCAUAGAAUUAAUGUAUUCCACUCAUUUCAUUUGAUCUCACAAAUUGUCAAUCUGUGGGGUUGAUAAAGCACACAAUACAUCCGUCCUCUUCGGAAAUGUUGUUGCUGGAAGACUCUGAUCUCUCAUCAUAAGGGCAGCUGCU